AUGGGUCACGCCUCGCUCAUUCGGCUCGAUGCCGACCUCGUCACCAGCGCCGGUGCUCGCUGCCUUGACGGCUCGGGCGGCGGAUUCUACUGGCGCGCCGCCUCGUCGGCGCAGAACGGCACCAAGCUGGUUGUCUUUCUGCAGGGUGGCGGCGAGUGCCGGUCAGCCACGGAGUGCGCCGUGUGGGACGGUGGCGCUGGGAGGGGAUCGGCCGGAUGGCCCAAAACGAAGCGCCUGGGAGAGGACGAGCUAAGUGACGACUCGAGCGUCAACCCGCACUUUCACGACUGGAACAAGCUCUUCGUGCCAUACUGCUCUGCCGACAUGCACUCCGGCACGCGGCUCACGCCCUCGCACGCGCUCGGCGGCGGCUACUUCGCGGGCCACAACUUGAUCAACGCCACGCUGGCGCAGCUGCGCCGGAGCCUCCCGGCGCUGGCGCCCUCGCUCGUGCUCCUCUCUGGCUCGAGCGCGGGCGGGAUCGGCGUCCUGCUGCACGCCGACUACUUUGCUGCUGCGUGGCCGGCGGCGACCGUCAAGGCGGCGCCCGCAGCCGGCUUCUUCUACCCGGCCGUCUCGUCCGAGAGGGACUUCAUCAACGGCGACGCGACUCCGGCCCGUCGCCUCGGCGAGGCCUCAAAGUGCACCGACGCCGCCUUUGCGUGGCGCGCGCUCGCGACGCCUCUCUUCGUGCGCGAGAACCAGUACGACACGGCGAAGCUCGCAAACUGCGGCUGCGACGCCAGCGCCGCCCUCACCGCCAACGACACCUCGUACCUCCGCCAGUGGGGCAGGUGGGACCCGCUCUCGCGCGCGUGCGUCGGAAGGCUCGCCGAGCUCUGCCAUGGCCUCCGCGGCCGCGGCGACGCUUGCGACGCGUGCCUCGAGUCUCACGCGCACGGCUGCCCCUCCCGCGGCAGGCCGCUCCUGCGCUGGUACUGCGGCGGAGGCGGCGCCGGCGGGCACCACGUCUGCGACGUCCGCAUCGGGACCAACGACGUGGCUUCGCUGCCGCCGCCUUCGGAAGCGCUGCCGCGCAUCCCGACAGUCACCAUCGCCCCGGGCGUCGAGAUGCCGCUGAUCAACCUCGGCGGCGUGCACUCCCACCCCUCAAACUACAGCGCCUGGCUACAGCUCGGCGGGCGCGGGCUCGACACGGCGAUGAUGUAUGGCGACGACGUCCAGGUCGGCGAUGCGGUGGCGGCGUCAGGCUUGCCGCGCGAAGAGCUUUUCCUCACCAGCAAGGUGCCUUGCUGCCCCGCCGAGAGCUUCACCUCGUGGUGCGUGUGGUACGACAAGGAGUACAAGGACCUCGACGCCUACACCCGCUCGGAGAUCGACACGCGCUUGCUGGGCGUGGCUCGCGUCGACCUGCUGCUGCUCCACUGGCCUUGCGCGACGAUGGAGGAGACGGUCGCGACGUAUCGGUCUCUCGAGCGCUUCGCUCUCGACGGCAAGGCCUCCGCCAUCGGAAUCUCAAACUUCAACGCCUCCGCGAUUGACGCUCUCUUCGCAGCCGGCCUGACGGUCCCGCCCGCAGUCAACCAAGUUGGCUUCUCGAUCGGCGGCCACAGCGAGAGCCGCCUCGGCCGCGACUUGGACACCCUCCGAAAGUGCCGCGAGAAGGGCAUCGCCUUCUCCGCCUACUCGCCCUUGGGCGGCCUCUCGGGCGUCGACGUCUUGCACCACCCCCGCGUGCUCAAGGUCGCUGCCGCACACAACCGGUCGGCCUCGCAGGUGGCCUUGCGGUGGGUGACGCAGCAGGGAGUCGUGGCCGUCUCGGCCAGCAGCAACCCGGCUCACCUCGCGAGCGAUCUGGGCAGCUUCAGCUUUAAUCUCACCGGCGCGGAGAUGAAGGCCUUGGCCGAGAUAUAA